CAGUCUUUCAAAAAGUCAAAAUUUUUCACCUAUCCUUUUAUAUUAAAAGAAAACCCAAUUUAACGAGUAAUGAACACGUAUUGGAUUUGUACUGAAUUUAUUCGCUAAAGAAUAUUGUCAUCACUUUCACUUUUCACGCUUUUUGCCCGAUAUUAGUGGUCUUAGUUUGUGUAGAUUGCAACAAACUGAAGUCGCCAUGGAUGACACCAUGUCGACCCUAACGAAAAUGACCCGCACAGUCAAAAAACUUGAAGUACCCAGACCCUUGAAAUCGACGACUAGUUCUGCACACAAUCGCAACUCGGUGGUAGAUGUGAAAAUAAAUUCUGUUGAUGACCUGAUUAUGCUGACUGAGGGGGUGGCUUACCAAAUGAUGCAGGGUCAGUUUGACCGAGCUCUUCAUAGUAACAUUUCAACAAUGUACUCUAACUUGAAAUUAUAUGGCGCUCAGCUUGAAGGUGUCUACAAAGAGUUCUUAGAUAGGUACUUUGUCCUUUUUCGAAAUGGAUCUCAGGAUGAGAGGCUUGAUAAGAAGAGUCGUCUUCAUUUGUUGGAAUUAAUUGAAUUAAGAGCUAAACACUGGCAGGGGUCUGAUUAUAUGAGUCAAUACUAUAGGCACCGUGGUACUCAUGCUGAGCCGCUGCUGGUACCAACCAUGGAAGGUGCAGGUUCAGGCGGCUCGGUGUCCCCAACGCUGGCUGCGCCCACCGAGCCGCCGGCAUUACUUGCCCCGGGGGAAGUGAUCAAGCCUUCAGGAAAAUUCCCUAAACCGACUAAAAUCCCUGGCAAGAAUUACUCUAAGGAUGAGGUUGUAAUUAGAAAUGCUGAUUCUGGAAAAGUGAUGGGUAUCAAGGGCAGACGGGUGCACAUGAUCGAGGAGCUAAGUGAUACGAUUAUAUCGUUUCAGAGAGUCAGUCCGGGAGCCAAAGAGCGUUUGGUGCAAAUUACUGGCCCCAAUGAGGAGAACGUGAACCACGCCAAGCACCUAAUCGGCGAUACGAUAAGGCGCAAUGCGUCCCCCGUAAGGCUUGAAGGUGUGGAAAACCUGCCUUUAGGAGCAUCACGCGCUUCGCUCGAUUCAAAUGGAUCUGAUGAACCCGUGCCUCGCCUUAGAGAGAAAUCUCCGCAUAGCAACAGAGCAUUGCUGCACAGUUUCUCAACGAAUGAUGCUGCAUUAGGAGAGUACAAGUACACGGUGACUUUUGGCACCAACUCUAUUAAGAUCACUGGCGAUAAUUUGGAUUUCGUUAAGACAGCAAAACUGGUGCUAGACGAGUAUUUUGAAAGCGCAAGCGCGUUGGAAGCCAUGGGUGCUGGUUCGGGAGAUUUCUUCACUUUGUCCCAAAGGCCCAAUGCAGCUUUUAUCUUGCAAGAUGACACAACACUAAAUGGCAAUGAUGAUGACGAGGUGUUUGUACCAGCUCAAGAUAAUCAGGCUGGCGAGGGUGACACGUUGCCGCGACGCCCACGAUUCUCGCGUGCCACCUCCACUGACAAGAACCAAGGUUCAGCGGGAACAAGACAGGUAUACACGUACGAGACGCUGGUGCAAUAUGCGGAUUCGCCCCUUAGCAAGCUGCCGCCGGCCGGCCUUGCAGCCUUUCCGCCGGAUCUCGCCCGCAAGAGUUGCCUGGAGUUUGACAGCGCCAGUUAUUUGAAGAAGGUCCGGGCUGCGGUAGCUAUCACCAUGGCAGCCGUAGAUGCGCCUGAUUCGCCAGAACCGGAAUAAUCUUAUCCGUCCACCGCGCUCGCUCGCAUUUAUCCGCACUCACAGUUGAUCUAUAGCCCAUCUAAUCCUGGUGAUUAGUAAAUGAUUAAAAAAAUGACGAUUUCGCCUCCAAAGAUAUUUUGCAGCUUACACACAUACACGCACCACAUAGUGAGCGAGUGCAAUAAUGGGAAUCAUACAUAAUUAUAUUUAUCACGAGACCCGCGUCUUUGCUUUGCGCUAGGUUACCUAGUUCUAUCGCUUCACCUACAAAGACACGUUCGUCUCUUUGCACGCUUCAUAUAAUUUAGCGGACCCUAACUCACUAAAAGUAUUACCUCGCCAAAAUAUUUAUUUAUUGAAAAUGUUUUUAUUUAGUAUAGUUUUAUAAUUUAUUUACGAAUGGAUCUACUGUUGUGAUAAUCGCGCCGGGAUGAGGCGUUUUUAAAUUCGUUGCGAUCUCUGCUUUCUUUACAUUUCUGAACAUGUGCCUUAAGAACAGAAAUAACUACGUAGUCAAGUUUUCUUAGUUUUCUUAUUUAUGGUCUGCGGAAGCGAAAACUUCUGAUAUUAUAGUGAUUCCAUUUAAUUUAAGAAGAAUGCUUGCAUUUCUUUGUGUGUUUGUAUACUCAUUCAAAUUAUAUCUAGUGUCUAGUCCUAUCGAGUGGUAGUCGAUUCUCACUACGUCGUAAGAUUUUUAUUUCUGAAAAGCCUGGCCGAGGUAUAUUUACAAUUUAUUGUUGAUUUGUUUCUUAUUUUAUCAAUGUUUACGCCCAUUGAAGCCAAGUCAUGUUAUAAUUUGAAAUAUAUUUUUAAUGGACUAAGUAUCCAGGCUUUCUCUAUAUUGAUUAGUUUAAAAAAUAUUAAAGUAUUUUAAGACUGUUAUUACCACAUAUAUCUUAUCAUUUAUUUACACAAGACAAUUUUGUAGGCAAUUACAAAAGACACCAUUUCAAAUUACCUAAGCAUAUAAUAUAUCUUUAUUACAAAUACCAAAAAGGUAUUUAAAUCGCACUGAGGCAACUAAAAUAUUUUGAUUGAAAAAUCUAUAUGUUUAUCUAAAUGUGUUAAAAUUUGGUUAUUUUUUGUUUUAUUAACUGACAUUGUAAAAUUUCUAGAUAUACUAAAGUUUAUAAUA